AUGUGAUCACGUUAAUGAAAGCUUAGGAUUGCUAAACAAUUAGAUACUGACCGUGCACAACUGUGCCAUUAUUUUCAUAGAGCCGCAGCGUUUAUUUUCCCAUAGGAUUUUGCACUAUAUACAGGGCAGGUUUUAAUUAAAAAAAGUCACAAUCAUGGUCUACAAUACCUGUUUAAACUAGACUACAGAGCACUUGUGCUUGUUUCCAGCUCUGCAAACGGUCAAUUGAUUUUUGAUCUGGCCAUCUCACCGAAGACACACUACCUCUAGUCCCCAGAGAGGGUGACACAACGACAGAAGGAGAGGAGAAGGUACCUCUGUGUAGAGGGGGCGUGGGGUUCCCAUUGUUUGCAUGUAUACUGGGGGAGGUACCCUCCUCCUAACGUGCUGCAGUUAUACCUUUAAAUGCACUUGCUCUGGCUGCUGCAUUCGUCCUCACUUGCUAUGAAUGCUGAUUUGUGGUGCGCUCUUCAGGUCUUCUCUCAGCUGUCAUUUUUCGCAUUGCACACACAAGCGAGGCAGACACAAUUACACACGGUGACAUAAGGAGGAGUUGGAACUCAAGAAAAAAAAUUAUAUAUUUUAUGCAAAGCAAGGCACACCCGAGCCUUGGCAGACGGUAGCUUGGAAUAAGCAGCUGCUGACACUGGAGGCUUUGGACUGUGAAGCUCGGGGCUACAGAAGACUAGGAGCAGGAGCUUUUUACUUUGAUGGUUUGUGCAUGUUUUCAAGAUUAGGAACGUACACAGUCCUUCGUUCAGAGGGGAGGAAGACGGGAAGUGUUUGAAUUGCAGUGAUAUUGUAAAAGGGACAGAUGUUGCGGUAGCUCGGACCUACUGCGGAACCAAGAUUGGGACCUUAAAAAUCAGCAACAACACAAAGACGGUGGCUAGGACGGGAAGGACUCAUUUCACCAGUGACAACCAAACCAGUUCAAGCAUUGGGACCUACAGGAGCACUUGGAUCGGUACCGGGAAGUUGUCAUUUACAGGGUCUAGAACAGGAAGAAUUCCAAGCCCUGGAAGUGGGGUCCGUAUUGAGAGGUUUGUCAGCAGUGACCAGGGGUGCAGUAAUCAGAUUGGGGGGAUUUAUUGCACAGACCCUGGGACUGGGGCGUCAGGCAGCUCCUGGAACGGGAGAAGCCACUGGGCUGAAAGCUACGGAAGGAGCCCUCCUCGUGUUAGAACCGAGGGAGGGAGUGGGAGGUUUGAUCGUUGGCAGCGCCCCGAGGUACGUUUGACUGGCUACUCGGCGCGGAAGGACCAGUGGCAGGACCGCCGCUGCUGCGGCGGCGGGGGUGGUGCGAGCGCUGCCGACUUUGGGGGUCGGACGCUCGGUACCUCCGUACAAGGCAGCCCCUGCCGGGGGACUAUGUGUGGUGGUAGUGGCGAGGAAGAAGAAGAGACCGAGAUCCAGGAGUGCAGUGUCAGCAGCGCUGAGGAAGUGCGCACACUAUCUGGCAGUAUGGUGAGCGGCACUGGCCCCGAUGGACAUAAAACCAAUGGUGAACUUCCCUGCCAGCCCCCCAGCCUCCCUUUUGUGGGAGAACUGCUGCGCUCCCGGGUGGCUGCAGCCACCAUCCUCAGCAUCGGCAACGUUCUCAACUACCUGGAUCGCUACACUGUGGCAGGUGUAUUACUAGAUAUACAGCGACAUUUUCAGGUCAGUGACAGUGGAGCUGGUUUACUUCAAACAGUUUUCAUCUGUAGUUUUAUGGUGGCUGCUCCCAUCUUUGGUUACCUUGGCGACCGAUUCAACAGGAAGAUUAUUCUCAGCUGUGGAAUUUUCUUCUGGUCUGCUGUCACCUUUUCUAGUUCUUUCAUCACAAAAGAGUACUUCUGGUUGCUUAUUCUUAGCCGAGGUUUGGUUGGUAUUGGAGAAGCAAGUUACUCCACUGUUGCCCCAACGAUUAUUGGAGACCUCUUCACUAAAAAUGCAAGAACUCUGGUGCUGUCCAUCUUUUACUUUGCAAUUCCCCUGGGCAGUGGUUUGGGCUACAUCAUUGGAUCGAGUGUGAAACAAGCUGCAGGAGAUUGGCAUUGGGCCCUGAGGGUUUCUCCAGUGGUGGGGAUGUUUGUGGGUGCACUUAUCCUAAUUUUUGUGUCAGAGAGCAAAAGAGGAGAGUCUGACCAGCCUGGAAGCCAAAUGACAGCCAGGACACCAUGGAUCCGAGAUAUGAAGGCACUGAUAAAAAACCGUAGCUAUGUGUUUUCAUCACUGGCUUCAGCAGCAGUGUCGUUUGCCACAGGAGCACUAGGGAUGUGGAUUCCCACGUACCUCUAUAGAGCACGAGUUGUACAGAAUGUGGUAGACCCAUGUAGCAAGGAGCCCUGUAGCACCAAAGACAGCUUACUGUUCGGAGCUAUCACAUGUGUUACUGGCUUCUUGGGAGUCAUCAUUGGAGCUGCAGCUACUCGAUGUGGCCGACUGAAAACACAGCGUGCUGACCCUCUCGUCUGUGCCAUCAGUAUGCUUGGGUCUGCUAUCUUCAUCUGCCUCAUCUUUGUUGCUGCAAAAACCAGCAUCUGGGGAGCAUAUAUCUGCAUAUUCAUUGGGGAGACUCUCCUGUUUUCCAACUGGGCCAUAACAGCUGACAUCCUAAUGUAUGUUGUUAUUCCCACCCGUCGAGCAACCGCCAUGGCUCUUCAAGGUUUCACAUCUCAUUUGCUGGGAGAUGCUGGCAGCCCCUACCUCAUUGGUCUUAUCUCUGAUGCAAUACGCCAUAGUAAGGCUGAGUCCACUAUCUGGGAGUUCCUGAGUCUGGGCUACUCACUUAUGCUAUGUCCCUUCGUUGUGGUACUGGGUGGAAUGUUUUUCCUGGCUACUGCCCUUUACUUCCUCGAUGACCGGGAAAAAGCUGAACAACAGGAUAAGUUUGAAUCACUGACCACUUCGUCAUCUGGGAGACGUUACAGGAGGUUGCAUUGUCAAAUUCAAGCACUGACUGCAGAGGAUGAGUCAGCUUGCGAUGCCGCAACCUUCUUUUAAAGUCUGAUAUGAUAUCACUAAGGACAUGGAAAGCCCUCAUUUCGGAUGCACAUGUCAAGUCUUCCAGAAAACUGCUGUCUACUGCUUGGCACCAUUCAGCAGAAAUCUUGAAGCCUGACAAUCUACCCCUUACCUGGAGAAACAUGUGAAGCAUCGAUAAAACCUCCGUUCCUGUGGAACAAUACAGUAAGACACCAUGGCCAUGGAUGCACCUGCUCAGCCAUUCUUCCAGCAUUAAGCAGGCUUCACAGGAUGCAUGGAUAUUAGUGUAAAUCUUAAUGGGAAUCCUGGUGAAAAUUAGUUUGCAAAGAACUGGAGAAUGGUAGUGAUCAUGUGUUGUUCACUACAGAAUAUCAUAUACCUACACUACAAGAGUGCUACACUUGGGCAACAGUGUAUUAGUAUCUGCCAGCAUCACCACCUUUGUGGUACAGCUGAUGCAGAGUGUUAACCUUACAUUGAUUCAGUCUAGCACUGACAUGAACAUGGCUGAACUUUUACGAAUUUAGAGUUAAAUGUCUGUCCACUGAAGGCAUGCUAUUUUUGAAGGGAAGAGCCAGUUGAGGGUAUAAGGAACAUCAGUGGGCCCAUAGUUUCCACAUAAUGUGAAUAACCUUUCUAUUCAUUCUAUAAACACCCCCUUAUUGCAGCAACCUGCCAGAAAGAAAGUCGUCCGUUGAAGAUUUUCUUACUCUUGUCAAUGCAUGGGAAGUCAUCUACUGAAAAUGUUGUCAAAUUAUUCUGUGACUAACUUAUAAGUAUAUUUUGCGCUAAGCUACAUCCUCAAGUUGUGAAAUGUCAGAGGAAAGUACUGUGACAUCUGCAGGUUGUUGCCAUAGUCCCAUAAUUCAGUUCUUCAGGAGUACCUAAAAAGUGGAUGGGAAAGCAUCUACAGAUUACACACUGACAAAAAAGUAUUAAAUAAUCCUGUAAUGUUUGUGAACAGGGGUCAUUCUAUAGUCUCGGCAUACAAAAUGAGUUUCCUGUUUCUUGUUAUUUUAUGUUUUAUAUGGCUUAUCAUAACAUUAACCAUUUAUUUGCAGAUGUAACUUUUAUAACUGAAGUACGAUAAUAUAUAUGCUUGAAGGAUAUAGUUUACAUUUAGUUCACCUGAUAAAACUGGAUAAUUCCGUAAGGAAAUGACAUUUGACAUGAUCUGUAGCUUACAAUGCAUACUGACUCAUAUUCUUUAGAAGAAUUUCAAAUACUUUUAAAGUCGUCGUGCAACAUGAAGCCUGAAUCCCAUAUUAAUCCAAAAUGCAAGUUAUAGUAGGGUUUAAGAAAGCAAAUUUGAAUUGCUACACUGCAGUUGACCACGUUGUUUGCUUUCUUUUCGGACCAAAGUCUUUAUUAUUUUUAGUAAUUUGAAUGAGAAAUCAUGUACAGAACAAACUUUUCUUCCAGUUAAUCUGCAGACUUUACCUUAAUACCUCAGUUUAAGAUGGUCAGAGGAAAAGGGUAACAUUUAGCAGUACAGUGUACAGCAUUAAAAAUAAAAUGUUUUCAUGUACAGAGGCUGGCCUCUUUUCAUCUAACAUAUACAAAUAAAUAUAGAAUCAACAGCAGUAGAGUUUAUUUAGACAUAAAAAUGAGGGUGGGGCUAGACUGGUUUACCUUUUUUUUUUUUUUAAAUGAGAGUGUAUAGUUUGAUGCAGGUUAGCAAGUGAAGGAAUGCUACAUUUUUGCAAAACACUGUUUUCAAAAGAAAAUAAUUUUGUAAUCUUCAGGUGUCUCUCAGUAAAGACGUGUCUUUGAUGUAGGUUACCAAAUGAAGGAGUGCUACAUUUCAUGAAUUAGCGAAGCACUGGUUUCAAAAGAAAAUAAUUUUGUAAUCCUCAGGUAUUACCUACUUCAGUUAUAAUCUGAGUUCAUAUAUGUACCGUUUUGUUUAUUUUUUCUCCCUUGUCUUAAUUAUGUGUCAUAGAAGGAAUGUUGAUAUGCUGCCUCUUAACACAUGAAGGAAAAGUUCACAUUGUGAAAGGCAUUCUUUGACUUUGUGACAAAGUUUAUUUAUUGACUUCUUCUGCUCACUCUUGAGUAGUAACUCUUAACAAUUAUAAGUUGCUGAUUUAACUGCACUUUAAUUCAUAAAAGCAAGAUUUUAUCAAAAGUAAAUUAACAUUCAUUCUGCAAGUUAAUUAGCCAUUAUAUUUUAAGCUAUUUUUGAUAUUAUAUAUAUAAUCUUUUGCAAUGCAACUAUAUUUAUAUACAUAUAUAUAAAUAUAUAUAUAUAUAGAGAGAGACAUAUAUCAGUUUAUCCAAAAAUCAUACAUUCUACAAAUUUUAUAUAGCUUGGAGCUGCUAAACAUUUAUAAAUUUCAUCUUAUCAUUAAUAAGAUAAUAAAUAAAAUUAGAACAGCUUAGUGGUUAUCAUGCCACCUGGAAUCAAUGUAUUUUAUUGUUCUGGUAAUUGUUUUGUUAAUCCAUCCCCAACUUUAUGUAAUGCUGGGACCAGUGUGUUGGAUGGUUCAGUGGACAAGCACCUGGCCUAAAAGUAGAUAGAAAUACUAGUCCCUUGCUGGCUUGCCUCACUCCAGGCCUAUGAAGCUGCAUGAUGGCAUUGGCAAAACUCAGAUGCACUUCAACAAAAAGUAUCGAUUUCAUGCAAGUCAAACCCUGCAGUAUACAAAUGUUUAUGCAUUCAGGGUGCCUUCAAAUAUGAUGGAGGCUUAAAUAUACCAGUAUGAUUUAAACAAAGACAUGAACAACAGCAUGUUCAAAUGUUUCAUCUACUAUCUUUUUGAACUCUUAUUCAGUUUAUGCACAUUUCUUAGCUCCAGCCAUACUACCAACUCUCUUACUUACAACCUCACCUCUGCUGGUGUCCAUUAUUAUUACGGUAGGACUGGUGUUGGGUAAGGAGGUCAUCCAGAGUGGCCAGUAGCCAUGGGCGUUUUAUGGAUAUAUGAAAGUUGUAUCCAAAUGCUAGCUCUACAUGUAGUAAUGUCAAGCAUACUUUGAUUCUUGCCCAGAAGGUGAACGAAACUACACCUUUUUUUUUAAUCUGUUUGCAAAUAUUAGUGAAUGCAUGCAGCUUUUUGGAUUGCACCUCCUCCAGUUUGUUGUUUACAGUUCAAUUUGUUCCUUGCAAUCUGUUUUGUCCAUAAUUCCUAUAGCAGGCUGUACCUACAAAAAAAUGUUCUGACCUUCUAACUCAGAUGACAACGAACCACUAAAGAGAGUGUACCUGCUAGGCUUCUGCAGAGAGCUGUCGGACAACAAACUACCUUGCUUCUGCUGGCUCCAGUAUGAAUAUAUGUUACACUGCAGUGUACCACGCUUUUGGGCACUUAGUGUCUACAACUAGUGCCUAGCUUGCACAGCAUAGCAAGACCUCACCUCCUUUUUGGUACUUACUGUGGUAUAUAUUCCUGUUACAAUUAAAUGAGCCUUAAGUGUAAAUGUGCCAAAAAAGUAAGUGGACUUUCUUCAUACGACUGUUUUUUUUCCCCCAGCUAACCUUAGCAACAUUUCACAGUGUUGUUUCAUUUGCUGUCCCUUAGACAUAAUAAUAAUAAACAUUUAUGCAGAUCCAUAUCUAUUUGGUAGUCUGGCUGUGUCAUCCCAGGUGAAGAAGAGUUUGCAGUUUCUUGUGUAGACUACAACUCUGUGACAUCUGUGUGUUUUAAUGUGCCUAAGAGCACUGCAUUCUGCUACCCAUGAACACCAGCAUCCGAUUGGUAGUAGUAUGCAACUUUAAUGACUGAAUUCAUCCUUCUGUGCAAGAGCAACAUGGUGCUGCCACUUUACAGAAACGAAAUCAUCGUUGUUGCAAAAUUUAAAACAAGUAGCACUUGCCUUCAGUGUCACUGGUCUGGCUUUCUGAAUGGAUUUAUAAAGCCAGUUUUCAUGUCCUGAGCAGAAAAAACACUGAUUAAACAUCAGGGAGGGAAUGAAAGUAGUUGCUAGUAAGUUUGGCAGGAUAUUAUUAAUGUUUUUUUUCACCUUGCUAUAAAACUGAAAAGCAGAGCUACCUUGUAAACAAUAAAAUGUCAGACAGUUUCCAGAUCUUCUGCAAACAUUGCAUUUUACUGUGGUGUCAUACUACACUGCUUUUUGCACAGCUUUGCAAUUACCAGCAAUCAGGACACAGUUGUGUGACCUACAAAAUAUGGCAAACAUAAUAUCCUGAGCUCUGUGUAGGUGCCAGGUUGCAACCUAUUGCCAACAUCAGCUGCCAUGGCAGUUUGGCUAUUGUCUCAGUCCAUUUGUCAGUGCCACUGAACCAGUCCAUCUGCUACAGUUUAUAGUUAUGGUGCACUGCAUCACAACUGUCAGGCCCAAGGGAGAAACUUUUGUGGCAAAAUUUACUUAAAAAGACUUAUGAUCCAUUCAAAAACAUAAACUGCAGCAUGAACGUAGAAAAAUCCUUUGCAUUUCGAUUAACUGUAAAACUUAUUGAAUGUCAUAGUAAUUGAGGGAGGCUACAGUCAUAUUGGUUCCAACUAAAGGCAGCAAUGCAUUAUUCAGCAACGGCAAUAUUUAAUUCUGACACUUUCUGAACUAGAGGGAUAGUGCAGUUAUUUUUUCUGCAGAAAAUACAAUGUUGGCACUUCAUGUUUUUAUCAGCAUUAUCUGUUUUAAUUUUACAAAAUCUAAAUUCAAGUAAGUGUCAUAAAAUGUUGCAAAAGCUAGCUUUUUAAAGUUUAUCCAUCUCAAGUGCAUAUAAUAAGUCUAAAAGUAUUUUCAUAUACACACACAUUGGGUAUGCAUACUUAACACAGCUUUUGAAAUUCAGUUACCUCUUUUCUGUUUGGCAGUUCAAGUUACUCUUUUUUUCUGUAGCUAGAUGUGUUAUCUUUAUUGUUAGCCAGAAUGACUCUGUGCUUAGGGAAAUGCUGAGCAACAGUGGACACUGGUGAAAGAGAAAUAGCAAAAGUUGUUCACAAAGUCUGGCUAAGGGAAACAAAAAUUCAGUAACUUAAUAAGCUUUCUUCCUGCGUUUCAUUAGAUAAGCCAUUUUCCUUAGCUAAAUACAGUCUGUCAUUUCUUCUUGUUAUUUAUUUGUUACUGUUAUGCUUGGUUAUGGUUUGUGCAAUUUGUAGCAAAAUGUGUGCUUUUUAUCUCAGUAGCUUGCACUGAAGAGACUGUGCUGUGUGACAAGUUCAUUAACUUCUAUAAGACCUUUCCUACUCACCCCUCCCCAGUCAGGAAUCAUUAACCAUCAUAGCUAUUCUUAUAUGACUGCCAUCAGGUGGCCUGAAGACCUUCAGCACCACCACAGUAAGAGGCAAGCACACUUUUUAUCUUCUCCAUGAUGGGUUUGUUGCCAGAGUCACAAAAUUGCAUUCAGCUCUAGAGAUUGUGUGUGUCACACAUAUUUCUGUUUACUCUGCAGUUCAAGUAAACAUUUGUAAACCUGUAUCCCAGAAUGACUUCAUCAGAUAUCCACAUAAUCAAAAUGUGAUCUUUUUUCAGAUAUAGUGUUUUAUUAAAAUGGCUGUUUUAUUCACUAGCUUGGAUAAACUACUUAGCUUGUCAUAUUCCAUCCUUAAUAUGUGAAAGUAUCACAGCCCACCUUACCCUUUCUAAUACUUGCAUAUUUUUAGAGUAGGGCAGGAGGCUGGCUAAUAGCAAAUUACAAAGCAGUCUUUGGACAAUUUUCCGGUGAGUGCAAAAUGUAAAUUCUCUUUAGCUCCUAUGCAGUGAUCCUGUAGCUGAUUAUUUUAGUUGUGAGUGACUUCAGUCUUUCAGUAGUCACCAGAGUAACCGGCAGACUGUUUUUCUUUUUAUGCCCCCUGCAUAACAGACUAGGCUUUGUUCCAUGGGGGGGAAAACACCAGAUUUUGUGUCACUGAUUGCAUUUUUAGUUUGCUAUUUUCAGUCUAAAAUGCGCUGAGUGAAGUGCCAGUUACAUGGCAUAGAACUGCAUAUUUUGUAAACUGGUCUAAGAAUCAACAUUACUAAGUUUCAUACAGCUGUAGUGCUGUAAUUCUUUGGUAGUUUACAUGGCAUAUCUUGUGAAUUGUGAACAGUAGCCGCUUACAGCCUUAGAGAAGGGCAGCAGAAUGAACAAUGGCCAAAAAUGUUGUGUGUAUGUAUGCGUGCAGAUUAACUUUUUUUUGUUCAUUUUGUAAGCAAUAAGCUUUAACUGUCAUCUCUUGUUAAUGUAUUGCAAAAGUUAUUGUUCCCUCUUCUGAAUGUUAAGUUUUAGAAGCUGCGUUUAGACAGUACAAUAUCAUACUGUAACUCAGUGUUGUUCUGGACUUUUUUAGCAUUCAACAGGUAAUAAAUGUGUCCUUAUUUCAUGUGUCACAGUCAGGCAUGAUGCUGACACUCACUCCCUAACCACAUUACAUGCAUCUUGUUGCAAUAUGAGAAAAGAAGUGGCUGUUAGUGAUUGCUUAUGUCGUUUGAACAUAUUGAUCACUGAAUGUAAUACCACACUUAAAGAGAACUGUAUUAGUUUUAUAGCCACAUUGUUAAGUCAGAGUUUGUUUCUUGCUCAAAUGUGUGUAUGGUAUGUGUUCAUCUUGGUGCAUAAUGGCUCUCCCUAAAGGAAGGGUAGAUAUUAUCUUCUGUGGUUCUGUUUUUUACAAGAGUAGGAUGUUAAUAUCUUAUGCUGUGCCCUUGACAUCAGUAACUGUAAUAAUGUCAUGGUAAAUCACAAGAAUCUUGUUGCUGACAGGGACAUAGUUACAAUAAAGUCAGUCAUGACAAUUAGUUCAUCUUGUCAGCAGCAGUCAACAUAGGUAGGCUAUUCUUACCUAUUUUACCUAGAUCUUUACCUUCCCUGCCUCCAAAUAUAUGCCACAGCCAGGGUGAUGGAGUGUCUCGUUCCCUGUUUUUGUACUGACAGUCAGUAGCACUUAUGCUGAAAAAAAAAUUGUAAUGUGACAAAUGGGAGUGUUCCAUUUCUUGUUAUACAAGAGCACUGUAAAAUAGUUUUCUGAUUUGUGUCAGAUUAAGAGAGACUAUUUUAUUUUUUCGAGCAAGUGUAAUUAAGAUUACGUAGGACAUGGUCCUCAUAAGAAAUUAUCAAAAUGCAAACCUUUAUGUAAAUUAAUAAAUUGUAUGAAGCCAAA